AUUUGGUUGAGAAGGUCUUGCCUCUUUCGUUAUAAGUACAACCAUUACUCUUCACUUAGAAAAUUCAAAGAUCUCCGCACACAAAAUAAAACCGAGAGAGAAGAAGAAAUUGAGAAUGACUAGCUCUGAUAAAAAUCUUAGGUACAUUUCUACAUGCAUUGUUAGGCCUGCGAGUAGACAAGCCGAUGAGAGGACUCCUCAAAAAAUAGACUUAACUGUAUGGGAUCUCACCUUGCUCCCACAUCAGUAUAUGCAAAGGGGUCUUCUCUACACCAAACCUACACCAGUUAAAUAUCACUAUUCCAACCAAGGGGAAGAAGAAAGUAUAAACAACAUAAUCACUCACCUCAAGAACUCCCUAGCGAAAACUCUUGACCAUUUCUAUCCUUUUGCUGGUCGCCUUGCUACAACGAUACAUGAUGAUAAUGAAGAUGCCAAGUACUCUGUUUACAUCAACUGUGACUCUUCUGGUGCAGAAUUUAUUCAUGCCGCCAUGGAUGUAACUGUAGCUGACAUUAUCAGUCCGAUUUAUGUUCCCCUGGACAUAGUCAGAUCCUUCUUCUCCCUCGAAGGAGUACUGAACUAUCAUGGUCUAUCCAAACCGUUGCUUUCUAUACAGGUAACAGAACUAAUCGACGGCAUCUUUGUAGGGUGUACCAUAAACCAUACUGUCUGUGAUGGCACAUCGUUUUGGCAUUUCUUCAAUUCAUGGUCUGAGAUGUGUAAAGGAGGGGGUGAUGGCUCAAAUCAUCACGAUCACAUCUCACGCCUGCCUAUUCUCAAGCGUUGGUUUCCCAAGAACAUAGACUCCCCCCCAAUUCGCCUCCCUUUCUUCAUAGGCGAUGUAAAUUUUGCGGAAAAGUAUAAGUAUAUCCCAUCACCAUCAUUUGAAGUGAGAAUCUUUCACUUCACACGAGAAAACAUUGUUAAACUGAAAUCCAAGGCCAACUUAGAGCAGACUGAGUCCAUAGAGAAUGCAAAUUAUAUCUCCUCCUUCCAAGCAUUGUUGUCUCACAUAUGGUUAGCCGUGACACGAGCUAGAUGUUUAGGUUCAAAAGAUGAAGACACAAGUUACCAGUUAGUGAUAGGGAACAGAGCUAGGUUGAAUCCACCUCUACCUGAUGGAUACUUCGGAAGCUCAUUUAUGAUUGGGGAAGCAACAGCUAAGGUGAGCGAGUUGCUUGAAAGGGGGAUAAGCUGUGGAGCUUUGCUGUUGAAGAAGUUGGUUAAUUCCUACGACGAUGCAACGAUUCAAAGAUAUUGUGAGACGUGGGUGGAGAAGCCGGUACUGCACGGUCGUAGAGUCCCUGUAUCAACUACUUUAAUGACUGGAGGAUCUCCAAGGUUCAAUAUGCACGGCAAUGAUUUUGGUUGGGGACAACCAAUUGCAGUUCGAGGUGGCAUCUCUAACAAACGCCAAGGGAAAAUUACAGCCAUCCCUGGACCAGUUGAAGGGAGCAUAGAUCUUGAGGUUUGUUUUUCUCUGGAUAUAUUGCAAGCUAUGGCAGAUGACCCCGAGUUCAUGGAGGCUGUCACUGUCUUACCUCCUUAUAAAAGUGUUUAAGCAUAUUCUUAUCUAUUGUCGCCCAGGUUUAUCAACAUUUACUGCUUUCUGCCCUAGUGCUUUCCAAAGAUGUAUGCCCUGCGAAAAUAUUUACAUGGUUAAACAAUGUCAGAAAAAUUGUAAUCUUCCAGAGAAAGGUUGCUUAAUAAUUUCAAAUUGGAAAACCAAUAUAUGCUACGAGAUUUGUUUUGCCACCCGUCAGCCCCAUAAGAAGAUGAUCUAAAGGCUGAUUUUGAUAGACAUUCAGACAAAG